UUUAUCGGAAGACGAUUUAAGAGCCUACUUUGAAGCUUAUGGAGAAGUUAGUUCAGUCAAGAUUAUCAAUGACAAAUUCUCUGGAAAGAGCAAAGGCUUUGGAAAAGUCAAAUUCUAUAACGAAACCAAAGGCUUUGGUUUUAUUAUUGAAGAUGGUACCAACGCUGAUGUAUUCGUACAUUUAUCCGGACUGAAAGAUAAAAUACGCAAUGGCGACUUGGUUGAAUUUGAAAUAAAGGAAACCAAAAAAGGCUUAUCUGCUAUAAACGUACGUCUUGCUCAAGACAACUA